GAUGGAACUUUCACAGCCGUGCCGUCAAUACUGUGUUUGAGCAAAGAGAACACCUCGUUGAAUGCUUUGAAAGAAUUCGAGCAUCAGGUGGCUUUGAUGACAAGACCAGCCAAGAAGCAGGAGGCUACAUCAGGCUACUGGAGGAUCCUCAGUUCAACUUCUUCCUGCAACUGUUUCAUAAAAUAAUGCCACACGUGGACGUCCUCUAUGCCAAGCUCCAGAAGAGAGACAUAGAUUCAGUCCAUAUAGAAAGAUGCAUCCAGCAGUUCCAAGAGGACAUACAAAAAAUCAGAGAUUCUCUCCAUGCAAUGGUGGUGGAGCAAAGCAGUGGCUUUCAGCAGCCGAGGAAGCGCCGGGCUGUGUCGGAAGAUGAGCUUAGAAGGAUUGCUGCUGAGGUAUGUGACACCAUACUUGGACACACCAAGGAACGCUUUGCCUUCAAAGACCACCUCAUCAGUGCCACCUUACUGCAGGGCAACCAGUUUGAAUGCUACCUCAAGGUAUUCCCUGAAGUUGCUUUGGCCACCACAUUGAAGGCCUAUCCAAUUCUGGAUGGAGGCAAGCUGAAGACAGAGCUUGGCCUCAUCUAUGGCACAGACGAAUUCAGAUCCUGCCGUAGUGCUGUGGAUCUUUUCCAGUUGUUCAUGGAAAACAAUCUAUCUGAGGUAUUUUCAGAGACAGUUACACUGCUGAAAAUCAUGAUCACAACUCCCAUGACCACUGCUGAGGCUGAGAGGUGUUUUUCAACUCUGAAAAGGAUUAAAACCUUCCUCAGGAACACCAUGAGUCAGGAGAGACUGAAUGCCUUAGCCAUGCUCUCAAUGGAAAAAAGGCUGGUCACAGACAUGAUUGACUUUAACCAGAGAGUUAUUGAGGAAUUUGCCAGCUUGAAAGAGAGGAGGGCUACAUUUCUUUACAAGUAGUGGGGCCUACUCUGGCACAUAAAUGUCAAAUGUGAUGAAUAUGUGUCUGAAUACUAAUCUAAACCUAGUUCCAAUGUUUGUAAU